AUGGCACCAAGGAAGAUGCUGAAGAGGAAGGAAACUGAGGAAGAAAAAAUUAUUCAAGCGGCCCCCUUUCUUAUUGGAGAUGGGGUUCUUCUCGAACGGGAGCCAAUGAGACAUGGUAGUCCUUGGCAAGAUUGGGUGCUAGACAUGAAACCUCAGUUUGGCUCUUACUGGAAGGCUAAUGGCAUUUAUGACGCCAUUCUGUUUAGCCUUCAGGACUUGAAACCAGAGUCAUCCCUUCUAGCCUCUACCUUGAUGUUCUGA